AUGUCGACAGAAAAACUCAAGCACCACAAAAUCAUCUUCGUGGUGGGUGGCCCCGGCUCAGGGAAGGGGACCCAGUGUGAGAAGAUCGUACAGAAAUAUGGCUACACCCACCUCUCCACGGGGGACCUGCUGCGGGCAGAGGUCAGCUCAGGCUCAGAGCGGGGCAAGAAGCUGCAGGCCAUCAUGGAGAAGGGCGAGCUGGUGCCCCUGGACACGGUGCUGGAUAUGCUGCGGGACGCCAUGGUGGCCAAAGCAGAUGUAUCCAAGGGCUUCCUCAUCGACGGCUACCCCCGCGAGGUGAAGCAGGGAGAGGAGUUUGAGAAGAAGAUCGCCCCCCCCACGCUGCUGCUCUACGUGGACGCGGGGAAGGAGACGAUGGUGAAACGCUUGCUGAAGCGAGGCGAGACCAGUGGGCGGGUGGACGACAACGAGGAGACCAUCAAGAAGCGUUUGGAGACCUACUACAAGGCCACUGAGCCCGUCAUUGCCUUCUACAAGAGCAGAGG